AUGAAGUUGGUGUUUCAGCGGGUAGAAGGAGCAGCUGUGAAGGUGGUGGAGACGGGCGAGGAAAUCGCGAGGAUCGGCAAGGGCCUCCUGUGUUUAGUGGGCAUUGGAAAGAAGGACCACAGGGUUGAUUUAGACUAUGGCGUCAAAAAGUGUUUAGGGACGAGGCUUUGGGACGCAGCGGACAAACCCUGGCAGAAGAGUGUCGUAGACAUGGACUACGAGGUUUUGGUGGUUUCCAACUUCACGCUUCAAGCUCAAACAAAGAAAGGGUUUCAGCCGGACUUCUCUGCGGCGCUAUCACCUAACGAGGCGAGGCCUCUCUAUGAUUUAUUUGUGGAUACACUGAAGAAGAAAUACAAACCGGAAAAAAUACAAACGGGACAAUUUCAAACACGCAUGCAUGUGUUUUUUGGUGUGUAA